CUGUGACCUGUCCGGUUAGGUGAGCUACAUGAACAACCAGCAGUACAUGGUGGCCAUCGUCUUGAGCGAGAAGCAAUGCCAAGAACAACUCAAGGAGACUAACAAGAGCUGCAAUGCCUUGCUCCUCACGCUGAGCCAGAAGGCCAAGAUGCUGGAGAUGGAGGUGGCAAAGGAGAAGGAAGUGUGCACCAAAGACAAGGAGGGGCUGAUGCUGAACAAGCGAGUGGUGGAGGAGCAGCUGAUGGAGUGCAGCAAGGCCCGGGAGCAGCUGCAGCAGGAGCGACAGCUGGCUGAGGACCGCCUGCAGAAGGUGCAGGCCCUCUGCCUCCCGCUGGACAAGGACAAGUUUGAGACGGAGCUGCGCAACCUCUGGAGGGACUCCAUUAUCCCACGCACCCUGGACACGAUGGGCUAUAAUCUGUACCAUCCUCUAGGCGCGGAAUUAUCCUCCAUCCGAAGAAUCUGCGACCACAUGCCCACCCUCAUGGCCACCAAGGUGGAGGAGCUAGCCCGGAGCCUGCGGGCCAGCAUAGAGCGCGUGGCCCGCGAGAACUCGGACAUCCAGCGCCAGAAGCUAGAGGUCGAGAAGGGCCUGCGGGCCAGUCAGGAGGCCAAGGAGAAGGUGGAGAAGGAGGCCCAGGCCCGGGAGGCCAAGCUCCAGGCCGAAUGCGCCCGGCAGACACAGCUAGCCCUGGAGGAGAAGGCAGCACUGCGGAAGGAGCGAGACAGCCUGGCGAAGGAGCUGGAGGAGAAGAAGCGGGAGGCAGAGCAGCUCAAAAUGCAACUGGCCGUCAGCAACUCUGCCCUGGACACCUGCAUCAAGGCCAAGUCGCAGCCGAUGCCUAUACCAAGACCUGUGGGUCCUGCCCCCAACCCCCAGCCCAUCGACCCAGCUGGCCUGGAGGAGUUCAAGAGAAGGAUCCUGGAGUCCCAGAGGCCCCCUGCAGGCAAUGCUAUAGCUCCACCCAGCGGCUGAGGAGGCUCCAGGCCCUGAGGACCGAGGUGUGGCCCCGCCUGGCCAGUCUGCGGACUCGCAGCAGCGAGAUGCCCACGGCGCAGCCUGCAGCCAGGGCCUCGGCCGGCCAAACGCCCGCGCACACGCCAGAGCGGCUGCCCUUGGCCUCCACACCACGCCCAUCCCUCCCCACACCCCAUGACGCCCUCUGAUACUCUCACAGCCCCUCGCCCACAGACACGGCAGUGAUGGCCCAUCCGGACGCAGUGACGUCCACAGAUGUAGCAGUGACGUCACACACACACCCGCGCGCGCACACACACACCUUCUGCCCAGCCCUUGCCCCAUGUCGCACCCCUCCCAGGCGCUCACAGCAUCCUCCCAUCUGCACACCCCCGUGCUCCCGCCACAGCACCCUCCGAUUUUCCCGUCUUCCGACUCCUCACCCCCAGUGUGCGGGGCCUAGGGGAAGUGGGAACGGGAAGCCAUUAGCCUCCGCUCCCCCGCACCCCCCCACCCGGGCCGGAGAGUCUCCAAGCUCCCCUGCCAGGCCGCACCCGGACCCAGAGCAAAUGUCCCCCACUGACCCCAUCGUAGCCCGCGACCCCGCGACGGCAGCUGCCCCUUGUCCCUCUCCCCCCACACCCAGCCCUGCCUGUGGCCCAUAUAAAUGUUAGUGACACUAAAUAAAUAUCGAAUCCUUUCCACGA